GAGAAGGACGCAGCGAUGGUAGAACGCCCGAGUGUGAGCGAGAAGGGCGAUGCGGGAGAGAGAGCCGAGACGGUACAUGCACUCACAUCGUGGCAGCCGCGUGGCGGUAAUGGCGCUAGCAAUGUAAUUUGUGCAGUGUGCGGAAGGUUAGGUCACCGUGACGUCCAAUGUCCUUACAAAGAUUUUCAGUGUAACAAAUGUGGUAACGUAGGUCACUUAAAACGCGUGUGUCCGGCAAGGAUGGCAGGUGGUAGUGGCAGCGGCGCCCGUGGCUCGGGCGGCGGCGCUCGUGGGGCGAGCGGUAGCAGCGGUGGCGGCGCUCGGCGCCGGGGCACCGGCGGCCGCAGGGGCGCGCGGCGCCCCAGUCGCGCCCUACACCAUGUCCUGGCAGAGGAUGGCGAGACUCAGUAUGAAGGAGAGGGUACGUCGGGGUCCGACGUCGAAGAAGACCUGUAUCAUCUCUGCCUAAACGAUUAUAAAUCGAUAUAAGGAGUUAUUUAGCGGAGGACUCGGGCGGUUUAGUGGUGGAAAAGCGACACUCCGAGUGCGUGAAGGGGCUACGCCGGUGUUCUGCCGUGCGCGGCCGCUGCCGUACGCGCUCCGCGAUCGCGUCGAGGCGGAGCUGGACGAGAUGCUGCGCUGCGGCGUCAUCGAGCCGGUCGACACGUCGGAGUGGGCCACGCCGCUGGUACCGGUACGUAAAGCUGAUGGGAGUUUGCGAAUCUGUGCAGAUUACAAAGUGACCUUGAACCCCGCCUUGCUGAUUGAUAGGUAUCCGCUUCCUAAGAUAGAUGACCUUUUAGUAAGA